AGGAUCAAAACAUAAUAAGUGGGUAUAACGAAGGACCACUUGUGUAAAUUGCAUCCUCGUUGUGUUCGCCAGCAUCUCUCAGCAUUUAAUGUCCAGCGACGGCGAAGUAGAGGAGCAACUGUAACCGAGGCUGUGGAAAUAUGCUGACCCUUAUCUUCAUUCUGGUUUCUCUCGCUUCAAUUGUUGCUGUUUUCUUCAAAUUCUGGACUGCCGAUGGGGAUUUCACGUUGAUGUCCAAAAAGCACGCAAAACGCGAAGAAAUUGAAGAUAAGGUUGUUUGGAUCACUGGGGCAAGCCGUGGCAUCGGGGAGGUUCUUGCCAAACAACUUGCAAGUUUAGGUGCUAAGCUUAUCAUUUCUGCUCGAAAUGAAGCUGAAUUAGAGAGAGUCAAGAAACAGCUUUCUGGUAAACAUGCACCUGAUGAAGUGAUGAUUUUACCAUUGGAUUUGGCAUCUGGGGAAGAUUCUCUAAGGGUAGCUGUACAGAGAGCUGAAUCAUUUUUUGCCGGUGCUGGUGUGGAUUAUAUGAUCCACAAUGCAGCCUAUGAACGCCCCAAAACUACAGCUUUGGAUGUAACUGAGGAAGGUCUAAAGGCUACAUUCAAUGUAAAUGUUAUCGGGACAAUAUCUCUUACUCGGCUACUAGCACUUUUCAUGCUUAAGCGGGGGAGGGGUCAUUUUGUUGUGAUGAGCAGUGCUGCAGGGAAGGCACCUGCACCAGGUCAGGCCGUAUACUCUGCUUCUAAAUUUGCUCUAAAUGGGUACUUUCACUCUCUGCGUUCCGAGCUCUAUAGAAAAGGAAUCAAGGUGACUGUUGUAUGUCCUGGACCGAUAAAAAUGUCAAGUGUUCCUGAAGCGAGCACCUCUGGCCAAAAGGGCUUUUCUGAGAAGCGUGUGUCAUCAGAGAGAUGUGCAGAGUUGACAAUUAUUGCUGCAACCCAUGGACUAAAGGAAGUCUGGAUAUCAUAUCAGGACACCAUUGCAGCGAGUUUGGGGAGUACUUUGGUCAAACGGCAAAUUUGGGUUCAAAGGUGGGCAUUGAGGCCUGUACUUGCAGUUAUGUACUUGGUGCAGUACAUGCCAACCAUUGGCUUUUGGCUUAUGGACAAGGUUGGAGCAAAACGGGUAGAAGCUGCUGCACAAAAGGGGAAUACAUACUCGUUGAAUUUACUAUUUGGAAAAAACAAGGCACUGUAAUUUUUGUGAUGCUUCAGGACACUCAUUUAUUAAAUACAUAGAUAAUCAAUCAACUCUAUAAUAUU